GGUUGAAUCUAGUGUUCAGUCAUCGAUAGGAGAGGAUGUAGGGCUGACAUUUUUUGGUCUACAGACCAUCGAUGACUUGCUACCUCCAAGCACCUCGCAUAUAACUCCGGACUCUUCUUCGUCUCAUCAUGAUGACAUAUCUCAUCACAAAGACAUUUUUGGUCUACAGACCAUCGACGAUUUGCUGCCACCAAGCACCUCACAAACUCCGGACUAUUCUUCUCGUCAUGAUGAUGACAUAUCUCAUCACAAAGACAUUGAGAGUAUAAGAACAAUGAGUCCAUCAACGGUUGCGGACUCCAUCGCUUCAACAUGUACUACUCCAGAGAGUAGCAGGACUAGCGCAGACUCUUACUCUUCGGUCGCCUCGUACAGCGAGUCGAGAAGCUACCUCUCAAAGUCAGACUCAAAUUCUUCUCUUUCUACUAGCAACAAUACGAGAUCCAAGGUCUCAGACACCAGCAUCGAUACCAUCACGCCUUCUAGAUCUGUUUCCUACUCGCAUGAUUUUGACACCUUAUCGCAUUCUGAUGAUGCGACUGUAUCGGAUGACCAGACUAUCGCGAGCGAUUUCUCUACCUCCCAUAGUGGAAGCGAUUCUAGAAGUAGUCGACCAAGUAUCGUUUCGAAACGUAUAGGACAUGAUGCAGCUGUUCAAACUUCUGGUUCCUUGCAUUCCAUCAACCAUCAUUGGCUUAAAGAUUAUGAUUUCCAGACACCAGGAUACUUCAAGCUUCUAAGUUCAAACAUUAAGGACACAGUGUCUCAUGUUGUGGACCCAAUGGUUUUGCAGACGCUGAGUUCUUUUGACUCUACUUCGCUGGCGUUGCAUGCAAACCUAGUAGAGCAAGUCCGACAGACACAGCUAGCAGUCACCAACACAAUGAGACAACACCAAGCCUUUCUGGAUUCAUUACAAGAAGAUUACUGCUACACUACUCUGGAAAACACGAAAUCAUUUAUCAAAAGGCAAAAGAAGCGAAGAAGAAGAAGAAACAAGGACCAAAGAGAAACAUCGUUAGAAGAAGAAGAUAGGAAUCUUACUUUAUAGCAUUUCUUUAUAUUAGUAUUGAUAAGCCCCACUGAAUAUAUAGUGGUGAAGUGUGACGUCAUCAUCUAUCAAUUUUUAGAAUUUCUC